AUGUCCGUUAAACUCGCGAAACUGAUGGCUCUGCACCUUAAUCACAUCUUGCGCCUGUACCAGGUCCCACGCUUGUACCAGGUCUCACACAUGUACCAGGUCCCGCGCAUGUACCAGGUCCCACGCCUGUACCAGGUCCCACGCCAGAACCAGGUCUCACUGUACCAGGUCAAGCGCCUGUACCAGGUCCCACGCCUGAACCAGGUCCCAAGCCUGUACCAGGUCCCACACCUGUACCAGGUCUCACGCCUGUACCAGGUCCCGCGCCUAUACCAGAUCACUUACCUGUACCAGGUCCAGUGCCUAUACCAGAUCACUUACCUGUACCAGGUCCCGUGCCGAUCGCUUGUACCAGGUCCCGUGCUUAUACCAGAUCCAUCGCCUGUACCAGGUCCCGUUCCUAUACCAGAUCCAUCGCCUGUACCAGGUCCCGCGCCUGUACCAGGUCCCACGCCUAUACCAGACCCCUCGCCUCUACCAGAUCCCUCUCCUGUACCAGGUCCAACGUCUGUACCAGGUCCCGUGCCUAUACCAGAUCAUUCGCUUGUACCCGAUACCUGGCAUGUACUAGAUCCCGCGCCUGUACCAGGUCCCACGCCUAUACCAGACCCCUCGCCUGUUCCAGAUCCCUCGCCUGUACCAGUUCCCGUGCCUGUACCAGUUGCCUCGCCUGUACCAGGUCCAACGCCUAUACCAGGUCCCGCGCGUUACCAGGCCGCGCACCUUUACCACAUCUUGUGCCUGUAA